AUGCAAAUAGAUGAGGAAGAUGAUUCUCCCAUCGAAGAAGUUCGCGUUACCAUCUCUAAUACUGAUGAUCCAACCCUCCCAUACAAUACCUUCCGCAUGUGGUUCCUCGGUCUCGGCUGGACCUGCAUCAUCUCAUUUAUCAACCAAUUCUUCUAUCUCCGUUAUACGGCUGUGACUGUCGGCUACUCUGUUGUGGCCCUUCUCUCAUUACCCAUGGGUCGUUUCAUGGCUCGUGUCCUCCCUACACGCUAUUUCAACAUCUUUGGGUUCAAAUUCACAUUAAAUCCUGGCCCUUUUUCCAUUAAAGAACAUGUUCUCAUUGGUACUAUGGUGGCUUGCAAUGGUGGUACAGCCUAUGCAGUCGACAUUGUGGUCUUACAAAAGGUGUGGUACAAUUCUGAGAAGCCCUUUGUUGCGGGGAUGUUGUUGGUUUUGACAACUCAAGUUACGGGUUUUGCGAUCGCGGGAGCUCUUCGUCGAUUCUUGGUUCGACCUGCACACAUGAUUUGGCCUCAAACGCUGGUCUCUGCUUCCCUUUUCCGUUCCUUGCAUGCCAGUUCCGUAGACGAUGGCCAUAUGUCUAGAAUGAAAUACUUUCUUUUAGUCAGCAUGGGUAUGUUCUUCUAUUACUGGCUCCCUGGUUACAUCUUUCCAACCCUAGGUGUGCUUUCAGUUCUCUGUUGGAUUAAUCCUGACAACGUGGUGCUGGCUCAGUUGACGGGAUCCUAUGGCCUGGGUAUCGGCACCAUUUCCUUGGAUUGGGGUGCUAUUUCGGCCUAUGUUUCUCCCAUGGCCACGCCUUGGUUUGCUCAAGUCAAUAUUUUAAUUGGUUUCAUCAUUGUCACCUACGUUAUCUGCCCUUGGGCCUACUAUACCGACCUUUGGAAGUCCAAGAAUUUCCCUAUUGUCAUUGCUCAGCUUUAUCAAGAUAAUGGCAGCUCUUAUAACAUUUCGGCUGUGAUGGAUCAGAGAGGAUUUUUGGAUGAGAACAAGUACAAAGAAUAUGGUCCUCUUCGUAUGGAUUCGUUCUUUGCUAUCAGUUAUGGCAUCGGCUUCGCUGGCUUGACAGCGACAAUCGUCCAUGUCAUUCUGUACAAUGGUCGUGAGAUUAUGGAGCGCUGGAGAUACUCUCGCCUUGAUAGCGAGGAUAUUCAUGCUCGCUUGAUGAGUGUCUAUCCUGAGGUGCCCGACUGGUGGUAUGGUCUCUUGUUUGGCGUCAUGUUUGUCUUGAGUAUGAUCACCUGUGUUGUCUGGGAUUACAUGCCCUGGUGGGCCCUGCUGCUUGCUUUGGUCAUGGCCUUGAUCUUUGUUCUUCCAGUCGGUAUUGUGGCAGCAAUCACAAACCAACAACCAUCACUCAACAUCAUUACGGAGUACGUGAUUGGAUUCUUGCUUCCUGGCCAUGCGAUUGCGAACGUGACCUUCAAGACUUAUGGUUUUAUUGUUAAUGUUCAGGCACUCAGCUUUGUGGGGGAUUUGAAACUUGGGCAUUACAUGAAGAUCCCUCCUCGAGCUAUGUUUAUGGCUCAGCUGGUCUCAGCCAUGAUCUCCUGUAUCAUCAAUUUGGCCACCGCUACUUGGCUCAUCAACACCCGUGAGAAUAUCUGCACGGAUGAAGGCUAUCCUUUUACUUGCCGUACAUCUCGUACCUUCUACGCUGCUUCGAUCAUUUGGGGCGCAAUUGGUCCAGCCCGUGUUUUUGGAGAUGUUGAUGGUGCGAUCUAUGCCCCUGUUCAAUGGGGAUUCGUUGUGGGAGCUGCAUUGCCCCUGAUCUUUUGGUUCUUGUCUCAAAAGUUCCCCAAUGUUUCGUGGCUAAAGUAUGUGCAUUGGCCCGUGUUGUUGGCCUCGACCUCAAAUAUGCCUCCAGGCCUUCCCUACAUGUACUCGAACGGCCUAUUCUGGGGUUUCAUCUUUUCCUUUGUCUUGAGAAGGUACCAAUAUGGAUGGUGGGCAAGAUACAAUUAUUUAACGGCUGCAGCCUUGGAUACUGGCAUGGCGAUUUCAGCCUUGUUGAUCUUUUUUGCACUUCAGAUGUGGGAGAUUAAUAUGCCAUUUUGGUGGGGAAAUCCAAACUGGAGAGAUCCGGACCCGAAUGCUGCAGUAUUGGAUCAUUGUUACCAUAGUGGAUCCAAUUUUUAUGGCGAGCAGCUCUAA